AUCGGCACCUCGAGCUGGUGCAGUGCGUGCUGUCCCCGCAGUAGUCGGCUGCCGACCCUGUAGUACGCUCUACGCUCCGGCAGCUCACGUCUUGCUAUACCGCUACCGCUACCAACAGGCGACUUUGGCACUUUGUGACAACAUGUGCUACGCGGUCGGCGGAUGCGCGGGCGCAGGUCCCGCGGCCUCAUACGUGGCUGCGGCGCUGCAGUUCUUCGCUGCCUCCCAGUGCCUGCUACAAGAGUCAUAUCCCCGGCACGCCCAUGUCACAAAUGGAUCCCAGUACGACUUCAUCGUAGUGGGCGGCGGCACGGCGGGCUCAGCGCUGGCAGCGCGCCUCGCUGAAGAGGACCGAUUCAGCGUGCUGCUGCUAGAGGCAGGGCCGAACCCUCCCGUCGAGAGUAUUAUACCGGGCUUAAGACAAACCUUGAAAGAAACGCCAUACGACUGGAACUUUACAACAGUAGACGACGGUGUCACGAGUCAGGCGCUGGCGAGCCACGUCCAGAGACAGCCGCGAGGCAAGAUGCUGGGUGGCAGCGGCUCCCUCAACGACAUGGUGUACGCGCGGGGACACCCGCAGGACUACUACGAGUGGGCCGACAUCGCGGGCGACGUCUGGAACUGGACUAACGUGCUGGACUACUUCAAGAAGACCGAGCACAUGACGGAUAGCAAAAUCGUCGGCAACGAGGAGCUCAUGCAGUACCACGGCACUGGAGGAGCCAUCGAGGUGGCAGGAGCCCACUAUCCGGACAGCCCCAAUAGCAAAAUGAUGCAAGCAUUCCAAGAGUUGGGCUUUGCCGCCGUGGACGACAUGACGUACCCGUACAAGAUAGGUGUGGGCAAGUUCUCCCACACCGUCAGGGCCGGCCGCAGGGACAGCUCGUUGACAGCUAUGCUGAACAAAGUCAAGUCUCGUAAACUCCACGUUUUGAAGAAUACAUUUGCGACGAAGAUUUUGUUCGAAGGGAACAAGGCGGUCGGGAUACUAGCCGACUCGGAUGGCAGGGAGUUACAUGUUUACGCGAAACACGAAGUGAUCGUGUCGGCCGGCACGUUCAAUACUCCCAAGCUGUUGCUGCUGUCGGGCGUGGGCCCCAGUCAUAUCCUCAACCAGUUCGGCAUAGAUGUUGUCCAAGAUCUGCCCGUGGGACAAGGUCUGCAGGAUCACGUAAUGUUCUUGAACUUCAUGACUGCUCAUCGAGGAACGUGCGAGUUGAAGGAAAGUGAUGGUUACUUUAACGUGGUCAAAUAUUUGUACAACGGCUCGGGCACGCUAUCUUAUUCAGACAGUAUCGGGGCUUACUUGCCUCAGAAGGACAAAGACGCCAACAUUCCUUACUUCGCUAUCUACCCGUCCUGCGUGCCGGCCGGACAACUGACCAGUAAGCUGUGCAUGCAGGGCAUCGGCUUCACAAAUGAAAUUUGUGGAAAGUUACAGAAGGAAAAUGAGUUGCAUGAGCUGAUAGUGGCGGCCGUGGUGCUGCUGAAGCCGCAGUCUCGCGGUAAUGUCACUCUGAAGUCUGUACAUCCGGACGUCGACCCCGCCAUUUACUCUGGAACUUUUGACGACGAAGCAGACUUGGAGGGAUUCCCGGAAGCCAUCGAGAAAGCUCUAUCUCUGGUGAACACGACGCACUUUAAGAAGCUGGGCGCGAGAGUGGUGGACCUCACCCCGGAGAGCUGCGUCGGCCUGCAGGGCGCGGCGCGCAAGCGCUGCUCGGUGCGUGCGCUGGCGCUGGCGGCGUGGCACGCGGUGGGCACGGCGCGGCUGGGCGCCGUCCUGGACGCCGAGCUGCGCGUGCGCGGCCUGCAGGGGCUGCGCGUCGCCGACGCCAGCGUCAUGCCCACUAUGGUGCGCGGGAACACCAACGCGCCGGUCGUCAUGAUCGCAGAGAUGGCCGCCGACUUCAUCAAAAAUCAAUACGGAGACAAGUGAUUCUUGGACACCGUCUAUACCUGACGUAAAUCAAUAUUCUAAUUUGACGAAAUUGUAUUAAUAUUUGUAUAUCAGCAAUAGUAAUCUUAGUUAAUUGUUUGACGGAAUAAUUAUUGAAAAAUAAUGUUAUGUUUAUAUCUUGUAACCUAGGUAAAUACUGCAAGUACCUGUAUUGUAUUAAUUAUAUAUUUUAUGAUGUGACGAUGUCUAGCUUCGUAUUAUUAAGUAUUUAAUGUUGUAUUCAGCAAUUAUUCGUGAAUGUAUCGAGUAAGCAGUAAUUGUAACGUUAAUUUAGUGACGCAGUCGCCUGCAGUGAGUGUGUCUGCACGCUACUUGGAGGCUGCAGGCGGCUGCUGUUCCCAGCUACGAGAUAAUGGUACCUGCCUCCUGCGCGUGAUGUUAGUGAUAGGACAGUAGUGAGAGUAGAUAGCGACAGAACUUGCCGAGACCAAUUAUUUGCAGAGAAGAGCGUAAUACGUACGACUGCAGCGUUAACAAUUUGCUAACAACAUUUUGCUAGGCGCCACAUCACAGCUCGGUAUACGUGCGGAUUCUGAUUGGU